AUGCACCACACUGUCACGGGGACUGUGCGGGAGACUAUGGAAGCUGAAGCCACCUCAAAAUUGACUGAAAUCGCCCACCUCGCGCCAUUAAUCGUCAUUUUAUUCUUGCAUGCCACUCCUUCAUCCUGUUUUGAUGUUGCUGAUCACAAUGGUUUCUUGCUUAGUGCGCCUCCUUUCGGUAUGAUGUAA